CACAAAAGCCCUUCUUCUCUUUCCCUCCAACACGUUCGUAGCGCCAGGAAUUGAGGUGACGUGUACAACUGCCGUCCCAUUCGGUAGAGACUCCGUUCCCAACGGCGAUUGCUUGCUUGACCUCCGGACUUCCGUUGAGGAACAUUUCUCUCUGCUUCCAAUCCAUCAUAGGAAGAGAGAGAGAGAGAGAGAACGAGAAAAUCCACAAGUCUCUGUUUCACUUUACGCUUCUUCUUCUUCGUGGAAAGAAAAAAAAAAAAAUCUUUGUUGCAGUGAUUUUCGGUCGAUUGAUUUUAUUGAUGGUUGAUUGAUAUGGUGCUUUGAUUUGAGAAUACGACGAUGAGUAACCGAAACGUCGAGCCUUCUCAGGUAGAAUCCGGCGCUCCUCCUCCUGCUCCUCCUCCUCCUCCUCCACACGAUCCUUCUGCUGGUUCUCGUGCUGGCAAUACGGUUUUCAAGAGUGGACCACUUUUCUUAUCAUCCAAAGGAAUUGGAUGGACGUCCUGGAAAAAGAGAUGGUUCAUUCUAACACGUACUUCACUCGUCUUUUUCCGAAGUGAUCCAAAUGCUGUUCCUCAGAAAGGGGGUGAGGUGAAUUUGACUCUCGGUGGCAUUGAUCUCAACAAUUCAGGCAGUGUUGUUGUGAAAAGUGAAAAAAAACUCUUGACUGUGCUCUUUCCCGAUGGUCGAGAAGGAAGGGCAUUCACCCUCAAGGCUGAAACAUUGGAGGAUCUCUAUGAGUGGAAGGUCGCACUGGAAAAUGCUUUGGCACAGGCACCUAGUACUGCCCAUGCUAACGGUAUCUUGAAGAAUGAUAAGAUCGAAUCAAAUGAUGGGUCUUCAGAGACGUUGAAGGAUAACCAACCACAGCCUGUAAGACCAAGAGUGCUUGGCAGGCCAAUUUUACUUGCUUUGGAAGAUGUUGAUGGAACUCCCUCUUUUCUGGAGAAAGCCCUUAGGUUUAUAGAGGGCCAUGGAGUCAAAGUUGAAGGAAUUUUGCGACAAGCUGCAGAUGUUGAUGACGUUGAACGUCGUGUGCGGGAUUAUGAACAGGGAAAAAACGAGUUUUCUUCAGAAGAAGAUGCACAUGUAGUGGCUGACUGCGUGAAGUAUGUCAUCCGGGAGUUACCAUCAUCUCCAGUUCCGGCAUCUUGCUGUAACGCAUUACUAGAAGCAUGCAAAACUGAUCGAGGUAUCAGAGUAAAUGCUAUGCGAUCUGCAAUAUAUGAAACCUUUCCGGAGCCCAAUCGCCGUUUACUGCAGAGAAUUCUUAUGAUGAUGCAAACUGUAGCUUCUCAUAAAGCUGAGAACCGAAUGAGCUCUUCAGCGGUGGCAGCUUGCAUGGCUCCCUUACUCCUUCGUCCUCUUUUAGCGGGUGAUUGUGAAAUUGAAACCGACUUUGACGUGGGGGGUGAUGGUUCUAUUCAACUUCUUCGUGCAGCUGCCGCAGCAAACCAUGCUCAAGCCAUAGUUAUUACUUUACUGGAGGAGUAUGGCAAAAUUUUUGGGGAAUGUUCCAUGUCCCCUAUUAUGUACUCGGAUUCGGAAGAGAGUGGAAGUGAGAGUGAGGAGGCAACUGAUGAUGAAAUGUCUUACGACGAUGAAGAACAAGAUGAUGUCACUGGUUCUGAUGCAGAAACAGGUGAUGAACUUGAAUCAAGUGGAACCUGUAGUGGGAGUGUUGACUCUGAGGAUCGUGAAUAUGAUGAUAAGGGUUCUGAAGUAUCAAGUAGUAGUUCGAAGAAUUCAGACGCGUGUAAGGUAAAUGGAACGAAGCCAAAAUUUUCCUCAAGUUCCCCUAAAACUUCUUUGCCUCAACGUGGAGAAGUUCAAAAUAAGGAGAGCAUUCAGAACAAAGAUGAUCCAGGUAGAGAUAAUUCACCAAUCAAGGAUGAAAGGCCUGAAGUUGAAUGUGCAUCUGAUGAAGCAAACAUGACGAACAAGUUGGAUCUUUGUCCAUCUUCAAGCGUUGAAGGUUCCCCAACUACGUCUAAUAAAAGUUCCCACGCAUCAAGGCGUCUCACCGUUUGGGGACGCACGCCUGCAAAGAAGAACCUCUCCAUGGAGUCCGUGGAUUAUGAUUUCGGGGAAGAGUUUGAAAUCCAGAGACUCGAGGCCACUAAAGGUGAACUGCAAAAUAAAAUUUUGGAGGAGGCUAAAGAAAAUGCGGCUUUGCAAUCCUGCCUGGAAAACCGAAAGAAGGCCUUGCUGGAGCGUCGCCUAACUCUUGAGCAAGAAGUGGCAAGACUAAAAGAACAGUUGCAAAAGGAGAGAGAUCUGAGGAUGGCACUUGAAGCAGGACUUAAAAUUUCUCAAGGCCCCUUACCAAAUUUAGCUAAUAUUAAUGAAAAGACAAAGGCAGAUCUUGAAGAAAUAGAUCAAGCGGAGAAAGACAUUGCCAAUUUAAACAACAUGGUGAAUGACUUUGGAGGACAGCUUGAUAUGCUACGUGAUCAGAAAAAUAAUUUGUCAUCUGAUUCACGUAAUGUCUCCAAACAAGAACAGAAUUAUCAAACAAAAUCGAAGGACAAGAAGAAGGAUGCUGGAGCUUUAGGCCCUUCGCAUUCUGAACACUCCAGAAAUAAGGAUGUCCUUUCAGGUCAAGCAGAAAAUGACAAUGAAAAGAAGAUGGAACCAUCAUCUUCCGCAAGUAAAUACCCCCCUCUCCACCAGCAUCCAGAUCCUCGUAAUGCCGCUGUCAGAUCAGUUGGGUUGCCAACCAAUUCAUCUACUUCAGAGACAUUACCAUCAAGGCCAACGGCUCCUAAGAGGACUGGUGCGAGGAUUGAGGGUCCAAAUCAUACUUCUUCAGCACUGACAAAACUGACUACCAGACUCAACUUUUUGAAGGAGCGCCGCAGCCAGAUAGCAAAUGAACUCCAGAAUAUGGACCGGGGACGAAGUCAACCAUUCGAGAAUUUGGAUAAGAGCAGAGGACCUGAAUCUCAACGCUCACUCCAAAAUUCGGAUGAAACUCAAGGGUCAUCUGAUGUUCAACCGAUGCGCAAUCCAGAAACAAGUAGGACAGCCAACAACCUCCAAUCCAUUCAGGACUCAGAUAAGAGAGCAGGAACUGAUAACAACCAAUCUCGAAAAUCAGAUGCAGAUAAAGGAACAAGAACAGGAGGCCAAAACCAAAACACUCUGGAUAGAGGAAAAUCAGAGAAUCAUACGACCAUUAAUACCGAAAAAGGUACUGGACAGGAUAGCAGCAGAUUUACAACUGCAAGAACGAUUACUAGAUGAUACUGGUGGAGUGCUAUAAGAUAAAUCUUCAAGAGUUGUGAGUUAUUAAAGUUAUGGCCUUCUGAAAAAUGGAUGGGAUUUGAUGAUUAUUCGUUCUGAAGUUGCAAAUAUUAGAGUGAAGAACAAUCCUUCACUCUUAAUGAAAAUGCCAAGAUGAUGUACAGAUAAAGAGCUAGUUUCUUGAUCAAAACUGCUUGAAUUAUUUGACUUAAUGUUGGUUUCUAUCUAAUUCUUUUUCUUGUUCA